AGUUUGCACAUAUAAUCUAUCUACUUACUGUAAAUUUAUUAUAGUACUUGAUCCAUUAAUUGAGGUACUUCACAAUGUAUGCUAUGGAUACCUUUCAGUACAAAUAUCAAAGGGCUGCCACACGAGUGACAAUUUUGGCACACUUGUUCGGCGUACUUGCAAUCGUGCUUAUGCUCGUUUGGUUGUUGCAUUACCGUGGGGGUCUCGACCUCGACUCAGAUAAUCCCUAUCUUAUUUUCAAUGUUCACCCUUUUCUCAUGUUCUUCGGGUUUAUUUUCAUGGCCGGCCAAGCAAUGAUGGCAUAUAAGACAGUAAGAGCAGGAAGAACAGAGCAGAAAUUAGCACAUGCAUUUUUUCAUUCUGUGGCAUUAUGUCUGGGGAUUGUUGGAUUACAUGCUGUUUUCAAGUUUCAUGAUAAAAGAAAUAUUUCGAACUUGGAUAGCUUACAUUCAUGGAUUGGCAUUACUACUUUCUCCUUGUUUUGCUUGCAGUGGCUGUUUGGGAUUACUGUAUUUCUUUUUCCAGGCGGUUCUGAUUACGCAAGAACAAGAGCAUCUCCAUGGCACGUAUCUGGGGGAAGGGCACUAUUGUAUAUGGCAAUAUGCACAGCAUUGACGGGGCUAAUGGAGAAAGUAACAUUCUUGGGAUUGCAGCAUCAAAGGGAAGCUCGUUUAAUCAACUUUCUUGGAUUCGCGAUUCUUAUAUUCGGCAUAACCGUCGAUAUUUCCGUUGUUCUUUCACGUUAUAUAUGAUUUAUAUAUAAAUGACACCUUGUAGCAUAUAAAUAAAUACUCGACUCGACUUGGGAGAACUCUGUGUAAAUUUGAUAUUUAAAAAAAAAAUUAAGUGUUGAAAUUUAUUUUUACCCAA